AUGGCUCGCGGCAAAUUGAUUGUGUUUGAAGGUCUGGAUAGAUCAGGAAAGUCCACACAGUGCGAGAAGCUAGCCCACUACCUCACAGCAAAAGGCGUGCCGGUAAAGCAUCGUCGAUUUCCUGACAGAACAACACCAAUCGGUCAGAUGAUCAACAACUAUCUGCAGGGUCAAAGCGAACAAGAGGAUCAUGUCAUUCAUCUACUGUUCUCUGCAAACAGAUGGGAGGCAGUAGCGUCGAUCGAAGCAGACAUCAACAGCGGAACCACUGUCAUUAUUGACCGCUACUAUUACUCCGGUUGCGUCUACUCAGCCGCAAAGAAUAACCCAGAUCUUAGUCUUGCGUGGUGCCGCCAUCCGGACGAAGGUCUUCCUCGUCCUGAUCUUUGUCUGUUUCUUGACAUCUCUGCUGAGGAUGCUGCGAAGCGAGGCGCCUGGGGUGAGGAGCGAUACGAGAAGAAGGAGCUCCAAGACCGCGUUCGCCAACUCUUUGCCGAUAUUCGAGCAACGGAUGAUGGUUCUGACUUUGUAACCAUCGACGCUGGCCAAGGUCUUGAGGCAGUCGAGAACGAUGUUCGGCACCAUGCCGAAGCUUGCAUCAAUGCGACAAACGACUCAAGUCCCCUUCGGCGCAUUCGGCCGUGGUGA